CUAUAGUCAGGAUAUCUACAAUAUAUCAAUUAGUAACAUGGCGCUUCCCAAGAUCUUUUGCUCCUGCAAAUCUAUCUAAAAAUACUACAUCAAUUUUCCUGAAUCCAAGAAACCUCCCUCGCUUUUGUCUAUUGUUGUUUUCAAUACUCCCGCAAGUAAUCUCACUAUCAUGUCUUCUAGUUCUGAAGAGAAACCCAACCUUUCCCACGGCCAUCCAGAGCCCUACACCGUUGAACACGAAACCUCUCGUACUGAUGCCAUACGGAAAAUCAGAACAGCCGGUAGCAUUUCCAUCGACGCUGAACUUUUUGAAAGACUGUACCUGUCACCGAAGAAUCAAGUGAAAGGACAAUUAAGAUCAACACUUGGAAAUCCAACUCCUCUGGGCUUACUUGGGUUCAUUAUGAGCUUGACGCCUCUAUCCUGCCAACUUAUGGGAUGGCGCGGCUCUGGAGGUGGUGGGGCAUCUAUCGUUGGGGUGCUAUAUUCAAUGGGAGGUGUUUUGAUGGUCCUUGGCGGACUUUUGGAAUUCGUGUUGGGAAAUACAUUCCCGUUUGUGGUAUUUGCUGGUUUUGGUGGAUUUUGGCUUGCAACGGCUAUAUCACUUACGCCAUCUGCAAAUGCCAGUGGUGCAUUUACAAGCAGCGCUUCGGGAACACCCAGUCCCGAAUUUUAUAGCUCAUAUGCUUUCUUCUUUGUUUUCAUGGCCCUUCUAUCAUUAAUCUUCUUGGUAUGUGGUAUUCGGACAAAUAUCAUGUUUGAGGUAGUGUUCAUGACUCUCGUUCUGGGAUUCACUUGUCUCGCCGGAGCAUAUUGGCAAUUGGCCAAUGGAAACGCUGAUAUAGCUACUAAAGUGCAAACCGCGGCAGGCGCAUUUCUAUUUGUAUGUUCCAUGGCUGGAUGGUACCUGUUUUUCGUUCAGAUGGCAGCCAGUGUUGAUCUACCUUGGAAUCUCCCAGUCGGAGAUUUAUCUCGAAUAGUUAAGGGGAAGAAUGACGGACAUGAUGAAUCUGUUUAAUACUACCACACGCACAUGCUAUGGUAUCAAUAACUGAUGAGCCAUGCGGUAUAUUUAUGGCUUUUCCAACCUAUUGGCUUUUGAUGCCGAGUGUUCAUUAGGCAGGUUUUUGGAUUACUUAGAACUCCUUCUCGGAGUCCAAAUAUCCGCUGAACAACUAAAAUGACGUUCUGUUCUAACUCAAUUCUAAAAUUCAAUAUAACUUUAAUGGCAAAAUAUUCCAAAGAUCUCACACUAAAAGAA